UGGAAUAACUGAUGUUGAUGCAAGGGAAUACAAGGGUCAGGAUGCUUCUGGCUGUUCUGUCAUUACACCAAAUGCAAGUGGCAAUUCUGGUGCAGCAUCUUUCACCAUUAAAAGCCAUGAGAUCCAAUUAAGUCUGGCAUUGAACAACCGAGGGAAACCUGAAUACAUCAACAAGCCUGUACUGCUGCCAAUGGGAUGUUCUUCAAUGUCUACUUCCACUUCCACUGCACCCAAAGAAUUCUUACUUUCUCCAGGGAAAGUGUUUGAAAGGGAUGUCCCUUUUUCGCAUAUGGAGAACAUAAAGAAAGAAACAGGUCCUGAGAAGUAUCAUCCUCAUCAUGCUUGUCUUAGUAAUAACGAUAAACAAACUGUCAACCAGGCCGCUUCACCUGAGCAAAACCUGAAAUCUAGUGCUCUACAACCUCUCCAGAACUGCCCAGGAACAGUGUCCUCAGUGACUACGCCACCCAAUAUGGCCUUUGCACAUGCAAGGGACCUCAUAAUGGAUUCAGAAUAUGAGGUUCAAGGCGAAAGCAAGAACCAAUGCAAAUUGACCUCAACGGGUGCAAGUGGACAACUUUACUUAAAUGAUUGUCAUCGGCAAGCAGCUGUAGAUUCACUCUCUGAUAAAAUCGGGACUCAAUGUACACCAGAAAACAUUGAGAAGCACCACAACAGUCAAUCACUCUCAAAUCAUUUCUGUGAAUCACAGAAGCUACAGGAGAAAGGCAGAAAAAAUCACAUUGAGAUCAGAAAUGAGCUCCAAAAAGACCCUCCCUAUGCAACAAAUCUGAGUCAGGAACUACCACAGUCAAAGUGCUCACUGAGUCAGGAAUUAACACAGUCAAAGUGCUCACUGAGUCAGGAAUUAACACAGUCAAAGUGCUCACUGAGUCAGGAACUACCACAGUCAAAGUGCUCACUGAGUCAGGAACUACCACAGUCAAAAUGCUCACUGAGUCAGGAACUACCACAGUCAAAAUGCUCAUCUGAAACUCAGGUAGACAAAUUUCAUAAGACUUGUGUGACCGUCGAUCCUGAUCCUAAAAAUAAACAUCCCAGUGUAAAACACAAAACAUGUCAUGUUGAAAAAUGGCUGAAGACUCAGUGCAAUGUGAGCAACUUUGCCUCUGACAAUACCAAAGAUUGCCAAAUGGCUAGAAAUGAAGAAGGGUCAAGGACUGAUGGAUCUCUGGCAAAAUCUCCUGGAACCUUGUUUUAUGUAAAAUAAAUAGUAUUGGAUCUUCUCCAUCCCAAAUAACACAUGGAAGUAGUGAUGCUAAUAUGAAGAUAUUGGGUGACAUUUGCAGAGAUAUCAUGUCCAGAGAGGGAAAUACCAAAACAUCUAAUUGCAGGCAAUCUCAUCAGUUCUGUGGCAGUAGUGUUGUUCAUUACAAGAAGGGAAAUUCCAAGAGGUUCAGAAGGUCCAAAGGCCAGGCACCUCCUAGCUCAUCCUCUGACUCCACACUCAAGUCUUCCUCAGAUGAAGAAGAGAAAAUCCCUCCCAGGUUGGAUCAAAACAGGUCUUAAUCAACAAGAAUGAAGUCAGGAACUCAAACUAAUGGAAAAUUAGAGGAGAUGAUUCAAUGCAAUGGUGGAGAAAUGUCUCUAGUGAAAAGACAAUCACCACAGUCAAAAGACAAUCACACUAUGGAAGCUUGUACUGACCAGACCCCAUAUAAAUAUGAUGAUAAAGCUGGAGUUGGCAUCAGUUUGGGUCAGAAAGAACACAGCCCCAAUGGACAAUCACCACAUAUAGAGAAAAGGACAAAUCGGGAGAAAAUCAUGUCUUCCAGUAUCAAAGAAACUGAGAUGUCACACUACACACCAAAGACUCAAGAUUUGCCAAUGCAUUUUGCCUCCAGCGACAUCAAUCCCUUUGCUCACCAAUGGCAAGAAGAAGAGCCAAACCAAAGCUGCUACAAGAACCAGGUGUUUGGAAGUGCCGCCGACAUUUCUUGUAAAUCACCGCUGCUGGAUUCCACUACCAAACAUAUCACUAGAUGCUGCAGUGUCGACAAUGGUUUAAACGUGCAGAACUCUCCUUUCAACUCCCACCUGAGCACUUACGCCAACAACAAGGGACUCUCCAGCACCCUGAGCAGCAUGGAGGAAGAUUUCAAAGAUCAAACCUCCCUCAAAGCCCAUCUGAAAGAACGUACUAACCAAGUCUCCGGUGUUGACGAUCACAAUCAACAAGUGACUCUGACCAUGAGCUGUAACUCAUCUUCUUGCUACAAUGUAUCUGGAGAUCUUGGUAACAGCACUGGCCAGGUGGAUGAGAUCAUGUUGGUUUAUGACUCUUCAGAGCGGGCGUUUCAGGGUAACGGGUUUCAGAGGUCUGAAACAAACACCAGAUGUGACCAGAGCACCCAGACAACCUUCACUCAAGAAACCACGACUCAGACAACGAUCAACCAUGGUGAUCUACAGAGGAGAAACAACCAUCACAGAAAGAGCAGCACUCGGGUACCAGUGUUGCAGAAGACCACAGAGGCCUGUAGAGAGACCACAACAUGGGCCAGCCUUCAGAACAUGUCUGAGCAUCUCUCACAGCUGAUAGUAAACACGUCUGAUCUUCUGGGGAAUGUUCAGGGUAUGAGGUCUGGCGAAAGCCUCAAACAUAGCCUGAUAAGAAAUGUUAAAUCUUCAUCUCAUCUGUACUCCUCCACAGAUUGGAUGAAGAGAGACUGCUCAACCAAAACUGCAGUAGAUAUUGGGAUCCAGACCGAAAGGACUUUAACACCCGUUCAAGACGAAAUGUCUAUCCACCAAACUCUGUCCACAGAGAGGUCCAAAGCCCAUGAAGUUAAUGUGAUAGUCAAAGUGAUUGGCUCAGAAGUUCUCACUGUGUCACAAGACAAAGGGCUUCCCCUUCAACAUCAACUCAAGAAAAACCUGGAUGAUAAUAUUCAGAGCAUGCCUGACCUGCUACUCAAUGGCUCCACUGUUAACCAAAGAUCUAUCUUGGAACCAGCGAGUCUCCCACACAAAGUCCCUUCCCUGGAGACUGUCCAACGCCACAAUCAUUCAAAUCCUGCCAUUCGUCAUAUAAGCAAUGAGGACUGCAAUCCUGAAAGAGUGUCCUCCUCCAAAAGCUUGGGAGUAUCUGAAGUCUGCCAUCAUUUGUCAGAAAUACUCAGACCAGAAUGCCAUAAUAUCUUGAGAAGGAGUGACCCGGGAAUAGGCUAUAGAAAACAAGUGAGCUUCACAGACCGUGCAUGCUCACCCAUUCUCACUGUGGGUCCCAGGGCUGGUUCCAACCAGAGCAGAAUAAAGUAUUUACAGAGUCCCAAAGAAGAACAGAUGUUUGAGACGCAAAAUAGAAGUAAACACCACAUUUCGGACCAGUCAACACCUUGUUUAAGUUACAGCGGACACAAAACAUGCAUGUCUUUCAUAAAGAAUGAUAAGAUAACAGGACAUGACUCCCUUCAUCUGUGUGAGAAGCCAGGUGAUAACUCCACCACAGAAUCAAUGGGAUUGAUAUUCCUCGAGAAUGUGAGUGCCCUCAGUCAUUCAAGACCAAAAGGGUCUGAUGGAUGCUCAGAAAGUCUUAGUUCGUCCAUCGACAAUUACAUCCACAAUGACACCAGCGUUGUCAUCCAGGACGAAGAAAAGGAAAUGAGCGUAUGGCACAAAACCAGCCAACGUCCAAUAUGGUCCCUUCCUUCUGUUCUAAGCGGUAACAGAGUCGCUAUGCAGAACCACACCUCUCUCGUCUUUAGUCAGACUGGUGAGUCCAAACAGGAGGAGAAAUCCUUCGCUACUUUUGGAGAUCAACUAAGCUACAGAAGACAUUCAAUAGAUUACCACAACAGUAGAUCAUCAGAGCGUCCAGUGGAGCACUUCUCUGGUGCUUAUGAACAUUCCCCUAUCAGUGACAGCACCAUCCAUGUUCAGGAGGAUGACAUGGUGUCGUUGGGCCCAAGCGAGUGCAACACAGACAUUCUAGUGAACACCAACCCAGUCACCCACACUCCCAACUUCCAACACUCCCCACAUCAGCUAGAUCACCAGCGGCUCCCUGAGGACCUACCUGUGCACAACAAGUUCACCAACUGGUCUGGUAUCAGUCAGCAUCCCUCUGAGAAAGGACGGACUAAUAGUUUAAUGAAACCAGCCGUGUAUCUACCUACUGGCCAUGAAGCACAGAGGAACCAGCCAGAGUGGGCUGAGCUGGAGAGCCAGGAGUCAGAGUCCAGCUUGAGUCCAGAGCCCAUGUUCCAUAAGGACAAGAAGACAAGAGAGAUAGAGAGGCUACGUAAAGAGCGCGAGCAGGUCAUGGCUACGGUCCAACUGAACAUGAACCCUCAUCUUCUGACCUUGGAGCUGACUGAAGCCAAGCUGCACUACGGUCUGGGAGAGAUGGACACGUUGUUAAAGAUGCUGACAUCUGGUGGUGUGUUCAGCAAGAUGUGUUCAGCAUAUUUUCUCCAUGGAUUCUUUUAUUUUUUCACAUCGACUAGAAGGCGGAGCUCUUUUUCAUGGAUCUGGACCAUGAAAAAAACCUCACCUUAUAGUCAGAGACUUACCUUGUCCUCUGAUCAGUUGCUGUUUUCCUAAAACAUCUUUCUCUCUUCUCUGUCAACUGAUCAUUUAUUCACAUUUAGGAUGACUUGCGGUAUCGGACCAGAGUCAGCAGCAGUACACUGUGCACUGGGUCGAGUCUGAGCCUAUCCUCUGGACCAACCUCUGGCUACAACAGUGGCAACACAGCUCAGCUGAGGGACGGCAGUAGACCCCCACGGACACAGGAGGUCACUGAGGUCCUGGGUGAUGGGCUGAAGGUCAGGUCUCGCCCUCCCAUCUGUGGUUCUCAGAGUGUGAAGACCCAGCGUGCCUGGCUCUCUGCCCAGGAUGUAUGUCUGGAGCCUGGUGUGUCAGGGUAUGACCCUCUGAUGUCAUCCUCACCGUCAUCUCCUACGAACCUACGACAGCGUACCUCCUCUUUUGGCUCCGCCUCGUCCAUAUCGACAGCCUAUCAGGACUUCACUUCCUGUCUGCUUGGUCGAGCUAUGGCUGAGGUGCGCUUGGCUGCUGCUAGUGACAUGGGGAACCUGGUGAUGGGGAAAGCUGCAGCUGGUUGGAGGUACCAGUGCGUGGAGCGAGGUGUCCAGGCCUUCUACAAGCCCUCCUCCAGCCCAUCUGUGCACUGUUUCCUUGGGGCGGUGGAGCUGGAGAGGCCCCUGGCCAGCCUGUGGAGCAUGGUCCGAGACCACUCCAAGACACACCUGUACCAUGAGGCUAUCCGGUCUGCCUGGACACGACCACUAGAUGACAGCACUCAGUUGGUCUACCUGCUGACAGACCCAUCCAGCUGCCACCUCCCACAACCCAGAGACUUCUGCUGCAUCAGCACCCAGUCACAACAGGAUGAGCUGUGUGUGCUGGCCAUGCAGUCAGUCUUCGAGGAGUCUCUCCCUCGGCCCAGUGUAGAGGCUGUCCGAGGGGAGAUGUUGCCUAGCGCCUGGGUCCUUCAGCCAAUCACACGCCACAUCCGAGAGGUCGUCAGGGUCAUCUACCUACUGCAGGUGGACCUGGGCACUCCAUCCCUUCCUCAGAGACUGUUGGGAUCAGUGGCUAGGAGACAGGCGUCCGUCCUGGCUGAGCUCGACUCCCUUUUCUCUUUGUGAGACUGACAGCAUGGUCAGGGUCGUGUUCAUUAGGCACCAAAAGGAAGAAAACAGACUGAAACAAAGAGGGACUAACUGGACUUUUCCAAUAAGAAAUGCACAUUUUCUUUUUCCGUUGCUACAAUGUGCCCCAAUGAACACGACCCAGAUCAGCUGUCCAAUUAGAACACAGAUUUCGUCUCUCAUUGCAAAACGUUUUGCUAUGGUGUGCCCUAAAGAACACGCCCCCAGGUUAAUGGUCACACACGUAGCAGUGAGCACUUAGACAUACGUCCUGAAUCUGAUAUGGGAUCUGUCUCUAUUGUAAUUUGCAAUUUAUUUACUUGAUUGUAUCCUUAUGAAGAGCACUGAUGACAUUGAUUUUGUGAUACUAAGUAUCAUGCAGCUUGUUUAAAUCGAAACAUAACUGUGUUUUGUGUUUAAAAUGGUUCAUUGAAGACCUGUGUUUAAUGUGUAUGAUUAUACCAAUCUUUUAAGUAUAUUGCCAAAGAUUGAGUGGUCUAGACUGGCUGUCAGGGAGGGUUGAGGGUGUGGCUCCUAUAUUUGACCCAUACAGCACAUCUUACUGUGUCACUGCAACUUCUGACCAGAGUAACACCAGGCCCUAAAUGUUUACAAUUCCACAUAUUUUUCAUAAUAACACUGAUUUAUAUCAAAUGCAAAAUUAUUGUUAGUCUCCUGUUGCCCAUUGCUAUAUUUAAUCUAUCUCUACGCCUCAGUUGUACUACUUCCCUAAUUACUGAUUUAUGAUACAAAGUGAUCAUUUGUCUCCCAUUUCACUGUCCUCCCAGCCUAAGAACUAACCACUUUAAUAAUGACCACUUAGUGACAUAAUUGUUGUCUCCAGCAUCCUGUGUUAACGUCUCAAGGCACAGCACACUUUACCAAACUCACUACCCAACCUUUAAAAAGCCAUAUUAUGUGUUUUGUUGACUCCUCAGGACAUUAUUUUUCUGUAGUUGUAGUACUGCAGUGUCACAGUAAGAUGGUCCCCAGGGGAACCAAAUAAGAAGGAACUGAUAUGAAGGAUAUUAACUCAGCAAAAAAAUAAAUGUCCCUUUUUCAGGA